AUGAAUUUCGAGAACAGCUUCCUAUCUCAGGAUGAUACAGCUGAGAUUUCACCGAUGGUCAAUCAACAGGAUUCAUUUAUGUCCAAUCUAGAUCACAAUGUUAUCAAGUCCCAAUAUGUCACACCCAACCCAAAUAUCAACACAUUCGACAACAUCACUUUCAACAGUGAGCAGAACAGCUCUAGCGCAUUUCCGCCCCACGACUUUUUUGACCUUUUGGACUUUGACACCGAUAAGCAUUUUGGUUUGGAGACACCCAAAUCGUCGAUGGAUCCCAAGUUUAACCAGCCUUUGCCUGGUGGCCAUUUUUCAAACAAUGCCACACCGGCAACAAUACCCAUGGCCAAAUUUCCACCAUUUUACUCCGGAGAUAAGAAUAAUUCUCAUUCAAAUGUCACGGUUCAAACGCAGUCAUCUCCAAUCGUUUCCAAUAUAACGAGUGCGCAUAAUUUCAACUCUGUUGAUGUUUUCAGUGAGCCAAUGUUGAGCACUCCGAGUUCUCUGACAGGGUUGAGAAGCUCGCCUCAGCAAUUUACCUCACCUUCGUAUGCAAAUUACCAAAUGGCGCAAAAUUCGAUACCUGGGCCAGUUUCAGGGCCAAUUGGUCUUGGUUUGAACACGGAUAUAAUAAAUGCUAACGCUAAGGUACCACCACCACCACCACCACCAACGCAACAAUUGCAGCUGUUACAAAGUCUGAAAAGGCACUCACCCUCGCAACAAACUUUCUUGGCCCAACCUCCUUUGCCGCCACAGAACCACAUGACUAAACUCUCACCAUAUGAGAGGGCUAAUGCCAUGUUUCAACAAAAGCUACAACAACAAGAUUUAGUUCAAUUGCAAAAUGAUCUUGAAUCGACGAGGAAAUUUCGGUCGGAACUGAAUUUAAACUUGCAAGCGUUGAUUAAGGAGGAGAAAGAGAAGCAGGAUUACCGAAAUACUUUGAGGCAGUCAGAACUGCCAAAACAACGUGUGUUUAAGCACACCAGGUCGUCUUCGAGAAAUAUUGAAAUCAAAGAGGAGACCGACGUCUUGCGAGAGUCACUUGCAGAGAAUGGAACGACUCAACAAGCAGGCUCCUUGCCAAGUCGACAUGAACAGGUUCAUAACACUACAGACAUGGAGUCACCAACAACUAUCGAAGUUACAAGCCCACAAUCCUCUAUCGAGGAUCUUAAUUCAAGUACCAACAACGUUUUCCAACAGAAUGACAUCACAGCGGAGGAUUUGCUCAAUGAUGACAAUUUUGAAAACUUGGUCACCCCACGCAUGGACACGAGAGAGUAUUUCAAAGAUAUUGUUGAUUUGGAUAAUCAGAUUGAUAUUGACGUGGAUAAUUUUGAACAUAACGUGAGCGAGUUUGUGUCGUUGGACAAUCGAGUGCUGUCAAAUGCAAAUUUGAACAAUACAAGUGUGGGAUCAACACUGCAAAAGAAUAAACUUGCAGUUGCUUUACCAUCAUCGACGACAACGACAACGGCAACAACAACGACAACGGCAACAACAACGACAACGACAACGACAACUCCACCAUCCUCAUCUACAAAGAAACGAAGCACAAAGAAAGUUUUGAAGAAAUCGUCAUCGUUCAAUGGAUCUCCAUCACUCAUUUCUAAUCCCAAGCUUUCCAAAUCAAGAAGUCAAUUCAAAACUCUCCCCUCGAAUUAUACGGGUGCGACUAUCGGGACUUUCCCCGUGAUCAGCACCAGCGUCUCCAAUAAAACCACGACAAACACAAAAAGCCAGUCAAGUCCAUCCACGUCAUUCGUAUCCCCGCAGAAACGGGCCAUAUCCCUAAAUCAUGCAGAUAUGUUGGGAACCGUGCCCAUCCUUGACUUGGGCAAUCAUUACUCAUUUGUAUAUGAACAUGCGCACGAGAAUGGUGGUCCUGGUGGUGGUCCUGGUGGCCAUGUUGGUAGAAGCACGUCUCAUCAUCGGAGUUUAUCGGGUCGAAGAUUGAGUAGUUUCCAGGAUAAGAACUUCAGCCCAAAUGUGCAAUCGAAGAUGUUUGAGUUUCAAGUCAAGUUGAAGAAGUAA